CAAACAUCAGUCUGUUCAGACGCUUUUUGGAGUCGGGAAAAUAAGUAGACAUAAGAUACAACUUCCCAAAGGAAUAACUCUUAUCAUCAAUUAACACACAAUGGCCUACAAGUGGGUUCAGUCCUCGGCCUACUCCUCCCUUCCCGAGGAGGCAGUGGUGGGCGGCAACGAUGAGGACGGCGCCAUGAUUUACGUGGGCAGGGCGGAGCACGAGGGCGACAUGUUGGUCUGCAAGGUGGUGCCCAGCAAGCAACUGGGAUUCAUUUCGCAGCGAGGAGAGGCCGUGCCCAAGGACAUCUUCGAGGUGCUUUGCGGCCAGAACCUGGUGUGGAUCAAGUGCUACGACCAUGUGAUUCCGGAGAACGCUGUGCUCUGUGGACGCACGUCGCUGGACCAGCCGGUGUACAUUGGUCGUGGGCACUACGAGGGUCACCUGAUUAUCGGCAAAAUCUCCUCCGUCCACCGGGCGCUGUUCAUCGCAUUUCGCGGCGCCGAACGUCGCCUGGACUCGUACGAGAUUUUGGUGGAGGAGCGCAGAGUGGUGCCCGGCUGGCAACUGCCACCACCUCCUCCACUGGAGGAGCCGGAAAAGUGUCCGCUCACACCGCCGCCACCCCCAUCUCCACCGGCAAUGGCGCCGCCACUGCCAGCCAAACCAUACCCCUAUCCGCACUUGGCUGCUAUGCCAUUUCCUGACAGGCCUCCGGCUUACACACCCACUCCGGAUCCACUGCCGCCCGUUGGAGGUGUGGCGGUGCUGCCGAGUCCAACCCCACCGCCACCAGCGGGAGGAGUGCUGGUCAUGCCACGACCACCACCGCCAGCGGGUGGAGUGCUGGUCAUGCCGCCUCCUCCUCCAUCGUUCACUCCUGCUGAGGUCACCGCGGCGCCACCACCUUCAUUUGUUCCUGCCGAGGUCACUGCAGUGUCCGUUCCCGCGGGACCAUCGUUUACACCCGCUGCCACCUAUAAUCCCUACGAGGCCGGAUGCUCGUCCUACACUCCGGCCGAAUGUGCUGCACCAUCGGCAUAUGACGCCUACAGCUAUGGCAACAACUACGACGUUUGGGUAACCGCCGAACCGGGCUAUUACUACUCCCCCGACGCCGUAAUCGGAGGUCAUGACAGUAACAUGGAGCAAUUGCUGGUGUGCAGGGCCCACUACCGCGGUGUCCAUGUUCCGGGCAAGGCCAUUCCCAGCCAGGGAUGUGGCUACAUAGCCCACGGUGGUCGCGAAAUCAUUGAGCCCUCCUACCAAAUGCUGGUGGGCAGGGGCAAGUACCACUGGGUGCCAUCCUACGGCGGAAACGUUCCGCCCGGAGCUGUUGUGGCCGGCACGACGCCUGGCGGAGCACCGCUCUACAUUGGACGGGGUCACUACUGCGGCAGCCUGACCCCCGGCGUCAUUGAGACCUACAACCGAUGCCUCCAGAUCCCAUUCGGUGGCCAGGAGAUCCGGCUGAGCAGCUACGAAGUUCUGGUCAGGAGCGAUAUCUACCACGGACAGCAGGCCAUUCGCCUGGUUUACUGAAGUCACGUUCAAUCUGAGAAGUCCGAGAGCAGCUAGCCCAUAAAAAAAACCAUAUAAAGAUUACUUAUUCCUGAUAAUAUCUUAUACAUAUCUUUCAGUAAUGUGAAAAUUAUUUAUUCCUAUAAAUCCAUGCAAUCUUUGUGUAUUAUAAAAAAAAAAGAUUAUUUCUAUAAAUUCAUGCACAUCUUGUUUAAUGUGAAAAAGUUUGCACUUAACUUUUAGAUGCAUUUUAACUAUUAAUUACUCAUAUUUAUACACACACUGAAUGUUAAAUGCAACUAUAUUUGCAUUUACACAAACACCAUAAAGUGAAACUACCUCUGGAAAUACCAGUUAAAAAAAGGCCCAAUAUGUAAACUGUUUUGGUAAAUAAAUAUAUUGUUUAUUUACGAGCUGAGAACUUAUGCACUAAUUAUAUUGACUCACUUUUAAAGUUCGUUUUGAAAUAAAUGUUUUAUUUAUUAAA